AUGGUCUGUGUGCGCACUCAACGGGAGGAGCAUUUUGUCCGUGAGCACUUUCCCGACCAGAUCUGCUACCAUACCAUCACCUUGCGCACGGGUGACGUGGAUAACGUCUUGGUUCAUCUCCCCGCCCUUGUCCAGUUUAUCGACACAGCCCUGGCCCAAGGCGACAAAAAAGGCGACUGCCAAAAGCGACGCAUUUGUCUCAGCGAUAGCGACGAGGAGGAUGAGUCGGGUAUGCACGCUGUGGAUGACGAUUCCGUGGACGACACGGCCAUGGAUCAGGAUGAGGCCCGCCGAUCAGAGGCUGUUACUCGCGCUGCACAGGGGCGGUCCCAUACUCGUGGGCGCUUCGUGCCCUCGUCGUGA